AUGUUUGACGACAAUUGCUUAUUUCUAUUUUCAGCCGAUCGAUCAUGGCCGACAUCCUCGAUCUUCUCCAUUCACGGCGGUGGUCCAGGACCUUCCAAAGUGUGCGAACAGCCGGUCGGUGCACAAGCAGACGUUUUCAUUGCCUCACUUGGCGAUAAAAAUCUACAUCUUCUUCGAAAAUUUCUCGAAAAUUCGCAACGUCAGGAGAAUCAGUAUUUCAUUUGGAUAAAGGAUCACAAUGUGGACAAGUUCACGGUGAUCUCAGUUAAAACCCUGGAAAACCAUCUGAAGUCAGCACAUCGAGUCCGACGGGUGAAAUGGCAUCACACGUCUUCAUCUGAUAUGAUGUCCGUCUAUCGCUACAGUCUCCCACAGAUGACCUAUUAUAAAUCUAAGCACACUUGUGAUUGGAUAUUGCGCCAAAAGAAACUUUGUAUUUCUAUUGUAUGGUUUAUAUUUAUACUGUCACUUUGUAUCAUUAUAGUCUUAGGAUCUGCGAAGUCUGAUGACGUCACACACCACUAUUUACGGAACAAAAACAACUUCACACAAUUCGCGCUUCUUUCGGGGCCAACGAACACUUCAUUGCUCAUAUUUCUGAUGAAUACUGUCUUAGUUUGA